GUUUGUGUAUUCAAUAAUAAACUAUCGUUUUUUUUUUAUUUCUCCGUCUUCGUUAUAUAUAUUCAAAUUAACUAUUCUAUUGUAUAAUUAUGCCAGUUCGUCGUUCAAAUAAAAAUCAAACUUUACGUACUGCUAAAUCGGAUAGUUCACUUCAACGACAAAAAUAUGAUCGGAAAACAGGUCGAAAAAUAUUUUAUGAUUGUGUUGUAUGUGUGUUAGAUAGAACUUUGGUGGAUACUAGACAAAUAAUGAAACAAGAAAAAUUGAGUGAUAUAUUAAUUUCACACUUGAAUAAGCGUAGAAGUCAUCAAGCUCACUUGAUAUGUUAUGAAGAUGAAAUUGUUUUUCGAAAGAAGAAUUUUGUUGCUAAAUCAUUGUUUCGUGAUCGUGUAUUGUACAAAGAUAUUGAACAUUAUUUUCUAUGCGCUGAAUAUCCAGAUAUAUUUAUGAUAUCAGUGAAAUCUGAAUUUCCAUUUUCAAGUUACUGUGAAACUUACAAAUGUAAAAAUGCUGCUGAUGCUAAACAAUUAUGUGAAGCAGUUUUUCUAGCUUGUCAAGCUCCUGAUAAAAAAUUACGUGAAUUUCCUUCAACAAUUGAUUCACAAUCACUAGCUGCUUCUCCAAUAAGAUCAAAAUCAACGCCACAUAUCGACACACAAACAAGUGCAGAUGUAAUGAAUCGUUCAAUGUCACAUAGUUUAAAUGAUGUUUGGACUUCGCCAAGAUUACAUGUUGAAUCGCCAAUACCUUCACCAAUACAUUCACCAAUAAAUUCACCGAUACAAUCAUCAAUGCUGUCACCAGGUCGGUCACCAUUGUACUCUUACCAGUCACCUGUUCAAACAUCGAUGAAUCGUGAUUCCAUGUUUAAACCAUUAGUAGUUACUCCAGUCAAUACAGCGAAUACUUCAGCUUACGUGUCUGAUCCGAACGAUAUGACUACAAAUACAACUUACUUCGAUUACGAUCCAGUUCAUGGUCCACAAAUCAAUGAAGUUGGACCAAUUUAUAUGUUUAUGGUAAGACAUCCAUCACAGCACGACAUGACACAUUUGGCAAUGGAAUCAUAAUCAAUCAAUUAUUGAUCGAGUACAUGAACGAAACAAAACAAAACAUGAUUGUUAACUAAAUAUAACAAUUCUAGUUGAUUAAAAUAACCUUCAAAGAAAAAGAGUUAAAAAUAAGAUUAAUUUUUUUUCUAACCAAAAAGAAUAACUUUUUUUUCGAGUAGAACGUUUACUUUAUUUAUUUAUCUUACAAACAUAACUUAAACGAAAGAUGGGGCUAUUAUUUAUAAAAGGUAAUGUAAUUUUGUUUCGCUUUUCGCUUGAUAUGCUUACACAUGUUUUUUUACAAGAAGCAAUGAAACAUUGAACUGGUGCUAAUAGCUCUAUAUUUUGCAAGUUAAUGUUAUGAAAUUAUUGUUGAUGGAGUGUUUUCUCUCUCUAUUUUUUCCUUAAACUAUUGUUAGUAUAACGGUAUAAUUU